UUUCUUACUCUUCUUCUCAGUGGAUUGAUCCCUAGCGCCUCCUCCUCUUCGAGUCUCAGAGACUCUCUCUCUCGCCGCCUUCUCCUUGAAGCCACAAGCCACACGCAUCCCAGCCCGUGCUUUUUUGAAUAUACUGUUGAGCCGGCCAUGGAUUCUUUAACCAUCGACGAAUCGAAGAAAGUCAAUAAAUUUCUUAACGAUCCAGAAGAUACUAACAUCGAAAAUGUUAGUUCUGAUGGUACUAUAUAUUCAUCGGCGAAAAGCUUCGAGGAGUUGAACUUGUCUCCGGAAUUGUUGAAGGGAUUAUAUGUAGAAAUGAAAUUUGAACGCCCGAGCAAAAUCCAGGCAAUUAGUUUACCCAUGAUAUUGACUCAUCCGUACAAGAAUAUGAUAGCUCAGGCACACAAUGGGUCUGAUAAGACCACUUGUUUCACGCUUGGUAUGUUGAGUCGGGUCUAUCUCAAAUUCCAGGCUCCUCAGGCUCUUUGUAUUUGCCCUACCAGAGAACUGGCUAUUCAGAAUGUGCAAGUUCUUCAGAAGAUGGGGAAGUACACGGGGAUAACAUCUGAAUGCGCUGUGCCAAUGGAUAGCGCUAAUUAUUUGCCCAUUUCGAAGCGAGCGCUUAUCAUGGCUCAGGUAGUGAUUGGCACACCUGGUACGAUCAAUAGAUGGGUUACAGCGAGGAAAUUGGGCUUGAGUUCAAUGAAGAUUCUUGUGUUUGAUGAGGCAGAUCACAUGUUGGCGGAGAGUGGCUUGAAAGACGACUCAGAGAGGAUAAUGAAGGCAAUUGUUAGGUGCAAUCCUGACUGCCAGGUGCUCCUGUGUUCUACCGCUUUUGAUGAUGCUGUCAGGGCAUUUGUGACAAAGACUGUUAAAGAACUCUUUUUAAAAGAUUACAAUGAAAUAAAAGUGAACAGAGAAGAAUUGUCACUGGAGUCUGUGAAGCAAUAUAAGGUGAAAAGUCCUGAUGAACUUGCAAAGAUUUUGGUGAUUAAAGACAAAAUUAUGGAACUAGGACAGAAGUUGGGGCAAACAAUUAUAUUUGUUCGCACAAGAACUAGUGCAAGUAUGUUGCAUAAAGCGCUUGUUGACUAUGGGUAUGAGGUUACAACUAUUCAAGGUGCUCUUAAGCAAGAAGAUAGGGACAAGAUAGUGAAGGAGUUCAAAGAUGGACUGACCCAAGUUCUUAUAUCAACUGGUGUCCUCUCCCGGGGUUUCGAUCAAUCAUAG